AUGACGAGAUUAUUACUCUCUCCAGUGUUGAUGUCUCUCUUCUUAUUAUCACUCUCAGCUAUAUGUUCAGCCACUGUGGAAAACGCGGCGGAUUGUGUAGCGGUUGGAACGCUGAUUUCAUCGUGCACUGAGUUUGUGAAUUACGGGUACCCGGAUCCUAUACCCGGUUCAAGCUGCUGCGACGCGAUGACAGUCCUAGGAACCUACUCCGAUUCUUCUGACAAGAAACGGUGGCUUUGUAACUGCUUCAUUGACCUCAUCAAUGUCUAUAACUCAAACGCCACAGCCAUCUCUACCUUGUCUGGCUUCUGCGGCAUCGUUUUGGGCUUCACCAUCGACCCUAACACUGAUUGCAACUUGUGA